UUAACACCAUCACGUGAGGGGCGACCGCGGGGGCUGCUGGGACUAGUACUGCCUUUGGGUCAGGGUCCGGCCUCGACAUGGCGGUUCCGGUCGGACAGUGACCAGGAUUCUGCCGUCAGUUGGAUUAGCCGGGCGUUGUCGGUGUCUCUACCGAUCUGGGUGGAAUGCGAGGGCGCCAGGAGCGCUGAAGAGCGGCGGCGACGGCAAGGGGUCGGCGGUGAGUGCCCCGAGGACCGAGGCGGCGUCGGCGUCCGAUCCUGCUCGGUGUCCGGGACCCAGUGCGGGGGCCCCGCCCGGAGACUCAGCCGCACAGCGCGGGCCGGAGGGCGGGCGCGGCCGCCCGGGUGCCGCGGCCAUGGCCCAGUGCGUCCAGUCGGUGCAGGAGCUCAUCCCGGACUCGUUCGUGCCCUGCGUGGCCGCGCUGUGCAGCGAAGAGGCCGAGCGGCUCACCCGCCUCAACCACCUCAGCUUCGCCGAGCUGCUCAAGCCCUUCUCCCGCCUCACUUCCGAGGUUCAUAUGAGAGAUCCAAAUAAUCAACUUCAUAUAAUUAAAAAUUUGAAGAUAGCUGUGAGCAACAUUGUCACCCAACCACCUCAGCCUGGUGCCAUUCGGAAGCUCUUGAAUGACGUUGUUUCUGGCAGUCAGCCUGCAGAAGGAUUAGUAGCUAAUGUGAUUACCGCAGGAGAUUAUGACCUCAACAUCAGUGAUCGGUCAAUUAAAGCUAGUGUUCCUUGGUACAGUAAUUGGAAAGACACAUUGAUGGGAUUGAAAGAAGCCUCGUUAUAUACAGCUACUACGCCUUGGUUUGAAUCUUAUAGAGAGACCUUUCUUCAGUCAAUGCCAGCGUCAGAUCAUGAAUUUCUGAACCACUAUUUAGCAUGUAUGUUGGUAGCAUCAUCUAGUGAAGCUGAACCUAUGGAACAAUUUUCAAAGUUGUCACAAGAACAACAUCGAAUUCAGCACAACAAUGACUAUUCUUAUCCCAAGUGGUUUAUACCAAACACACUUAAAUACUAUGUACUUUUACAUGAUGUGAGUGCAGGAGAUGAACAGAGAGCUGAAUCAAUUUAUGAAGAGAUGAAACAGAAAUAUGGAACUCAGGGUUGCUACUUACUUAAAAUUAAUUCUCGAACAUCUAAUCGAGCAUCUGAUGAACAGAUACCAGAUCCUUGGAGUCAGUAUCUCCAGAAAAAUAGUAUUCAAAACCAGGACUCAUAUGAAGAUGGCCCUUGUACUAUUACUUCAAAUAAGAAUUCUGAUAGUAACUUGCUUUCACUGGAUGGAUUAGAUAACGAAGUCAAAGUAGAUGGCUUACCAAAUAACUUUAGAGCUCAUCCACUUCAAUUGGACCCAUCUGGUGACCCAUCUAACGGUAUCGAUGGCCCAGACUAUGUAAAAUCUGCUUCAUCGUUACAUGAAACAAAAAAGACAAGCACUGGAGUCAUUCAUGGUGCGUGUUUAACCCUCACUGAUCAUGACAGAAUUCGACAAUUUAUACAAGAGUUUACAUUUCGGGGUCUUUUGCCACAUAUAGAAAAAACUAUUCGGCAGUUAAAUGAUCAGCUGAUAUCAAGAAAAGGUUUGAGUCGAUCUCUGUUUUCUGCAACUAAAAAAUGGUUUAGUGGCAGUAAAGUUCCAGAAAAGAGCAUUAGUGAGCUGAAAAAUACAUCUGGUUUGCUGUAUCCACCCGAAGCACCAGAGCUUCAAAUCAGGAAAAUGGCGGACUUAUGUUUUUUGGUGCAGCAUUAUGACUUGGCUUACAGUUGCUAUCAUACUGCCAAGAAGGAUUUCCUUAAUGAUCAGGCAAUGCUUUAUGCCGCUGGUGCCUUGGAAAUGGCGGCAGUAUCAGCAUUUCUUCAGCCAGGAGCCCCCCGGCCAUAUCCUGCUCACUAUAUGGAUACAGCAAUCCAAACAUACAGGGAUAUCUGCAAGAAUAUGGUGUUAGCUGAAAGAUGUGUAUUGCUUAGUGCUGAAAUCUUAAAAAGCCAAAGCAAAUAUUCAGAGGCUGCAGCUCUCCUAAUAAGACUGACCAGUGAGGACUCUGAUCUCCGAAGUGCACUUCUUUUGGAGCAGGCGGCACACUGCUUCAUAAACAUGAAGAGUCCCAUGGUCAGAAAGUACGCGUUUCACAUGAUCCUGGCCGGCCAUCGGUUUAGUAAAGCGGGGCAGAAAAAGCAUGCACUACGCUGCUAUUGUCAAGCGAUGCAAGUUUACAAAGGAAAAGGCUGGUCUCUUGCAGAGGAUCACAUCAACUUCACUAUUGGUCGCCAGUCUUACACUCUUAGGCAAAUGGACAAUGCUGUGUCUGCCUUUAGACAUAUUUUAAUCAAUGAAAGUAAACAAUCUGCUGCUCAACAAGGGGCCUUUCUCAGAGAAUAUCUUUAUGUUUACAAGAAUGUAAGUCAGCUAUCACCAGAUGGUCCUUUACCACAGCUUCCUUUACCGUAUAUUAACAGUUCAGCCACGAGGGUUUUCUUUGGCCAUGACAGACGACCAGCAGAUGGUGAAAAGCAAGCUGCUACUCAUGUAAGUCUUGAUCAAGAAUAUGACUCUGAAUCUUCUCAGCAGUGGCGAGAACUUGAGGGACAAGUUGUGGCUGUGGCUAACCGAGGAGUUAUUCCAUCCAGUUUUCACCCCACACAGUACUGUCUGAACAGUUACACUGAUAACUCAAGAUUCCCACUUGCAGUUGUAGAAGAACCAAUAACGGUAGAAGUGGCUUUUAGAAAUCCUUUGAAGGUUCCUCUUCUGCUGACGGAUUUGUCACUGCUCUGGAAGUUUCAACCUAAAGAUAUCAGUGGAAUGGAUAAUGAAGUUAAAGAACUAGUCACAUGUGAAGCUGAAAUGAUUGGAACUGAAGUGAUUUCAGAAUUCUUAAUUAAUAGUGAAGAAACUAAAGUGGCAAGGCUAAAGCUCUUUCCCCAUCACAUAGGGGAGUUGCAUAUUCUGGGAGUUGUUUAUAAUCUUGGCACUAUCCAGGGCUCCAUGACAGAUGGCGUUGGUGCUGUUCCUGGAUGUCAUACAGGAAAACAUUCUGUGGGUAUGUCAGUGCGAGGGAGACAAGAUUUAGAAAUUCAAGGCCCUCGACUUAACAACACAAAAGAAGAGAAAACAUCUAUUAAAUAUGGUCCAGACCGUCGUUUAGAUCCCAUAGUCACUGAGGAAAUGCCACUGUUGGAGGUGUUCUUUAUACAUUUUCCUACAGGGCUCCUCUGUGGAGAAAUCCGAAAAGCGUAUGUAGAAUUUGUCAAUGUCAGCAGAUGUCCUCUUACUGGAUUGAAGGUUGUUUCUAAGCAUCCAGAGUUCUUUACUUUUGGUGGCAACACAGAUGUUCUGACGCCGCUAAGUCCCUCUACUUCUGAGAACUGCAGUGCUUACAAGACUGUUGUGACAGACUCUGCCUCUGUGUGUACAGCACUCACAUCAUCGGCUUCUUCGGGAGACUUUGGCCUUGGCACAGGCUGUCAGCCAGAGGUGAUUCCUGUUCCCCUUCCUGACACUGUCCUUCUACCUGGAGCUUCAGUUCAGCUACCAAUGUGGUUACGUGGGCCAGAUGAAGAAGGCGUCCAUGAAAUUAACUUUUUGUUUUACUAUGAAAGCGUUAAAAAACAGCCUAAAAUACAUCACAGAAUAUUAAGGCACACAGCAGUCAUUUGUACCAGUCGAUCUUUGAAUGUGCGAGCGACCGUAUGUAGAAGUAACUCUCUAGAUGAAGAGGAGAGCAGAGGAGACAAUAUGCUAGUCUUUGUGGAUGUGGAAAAUACCAAUACUAGUGAAACAGGUGUUAAGGAAUUCCACAUUGUACAAGUGUCAAGUAGUAGCAAACACUGGAAGCUACAAAAAUCUGUAAAUCUCUCUGAGAACAAAGAUGCCAAACUUGCUAGUAGAGAGAAGGGAAAGUUUUGCUUCAAGGCAGUAAGAUGUAAGGAAAAAGAAGUUGCCACAGAGUCCUCAGAAAAAUACAUCUUUGCAGAUAUCAUCUUUGGAAGUGAACAGAUAGUAAGUUCAGCAAGUCCAUGUGCAGACUUCUUCUAUCGAAGUUUAUCCUCUGAACUGAAGAUAAUACAAAGCCAGCCAUCUGUGCAUACAGAAAAGCAGUCCGUAGAGGAUGCCGUGAGAUUAAUUCAGAAGUGCAGUGAAGUGGAUUUGAAUAUUGUUGUAUUGUGGAAGGCAUAUGUGGUAGAAGACAGUAAACAACUAAUUUUGGAAGGUCAGCAUCAUGUCAUUCUUCACACUAUAGGAAAAGAAGCCUUUUCAUAUCCUCAGAAACAGGAGCCUCCAGAAAUGGAACUCUUAAAAUUCUUCAGGCCAGAACACCCUCCUGUUCCCUCAAGGCCAUCAGCAGAACAACUUUCUAAUCUCAUUAAAACGAGUCUUCACUAUCCAGAAUCCUUUAAUCAUCCAUUUCAUCAGAAAAGCCUUUGUUUAGUACCAGUUACCCUUUUACUGUCAAAUUGUUCUAAGGCUGAUGUUGAUGUAAUAGUUGAUCUUCGGCAUAAAACCACAAGUCCAGAAGCAUUGGAAAUCCAUGGAUCAUUCACGUGGCUUGGACAAACACAGUAUAAACUUCAGCUUAAAAGCCAGGAGAUUCACAGUUUGCAGUUAAAAGCAUGCUUUGUUCAUACAGGCGUCUAUAACCUGGGGACUCCUAGGGUAUUUGCAAAGUUAUCAGACCAAGUUACAGUGUUUGAAACUAGUCAGCAAAACUCAAUGCCUGCCCUGAUCAUCAUCAAUAAUGUGUGACAGCUUGCAAACUUGUGCUGAAAUACACAAGAAUCAUUUCACCAAAUGGGUUUUAAAGCAGUAUUUGAAAUUCCUAACUUGUUAAGGAGAUUGGUGUCAGAUCACUGCAAAAAUACCCUGACUUGUCAAUUUGUUGAUUUGUUGAUGAUACAAAGCACGUUGGACUGAAAAUACUUAUAUUUUUUUUAUUUCUUUCAAACCUGGUAAUAAUUUACUUGCUCUAACACAGUUUAAACAUAUCCACGUACCUUAUUAAGCCCCAUCUUCAAUUUGGUGUCUGUCAGCUGUUACAAGUUAUUGAUGGCAUAUGAAUAUUAGGAGAUGAUUUCUGAGGAAGGAAUGGCCUGUUGGCAAUGCCUCUAAAGCCAUUAGUCUAAAUUCCAGCUUUACUGUGAAAUUCUAUAGAGUGUUAAAAUUCAAAUUUUCCUGUCUUGCUUCACACAAUUUCAAAAAUAAUUUUGAAUUGUGUUUAUUAUAGAGUCUUCACACUUCAAUAUCUGGUGGUUCCUAUGGCUUAUAUAAAACUUUGUAAAAACAAUUUUUUUCUGAUGCUUUGAAUAUAGUUUUAAAGGUUUUACCUUUUUCCCCUCAUCUCAGCAUAAGAGCGCACUAUUUCACUAUAUAAAUUUUUGUCUUUUAAAUUAUCAUAUUCUUUAUUACGUAACUUUAACAAUUGAACUGAUCUGUUAAUAUAAAUCCCAAGUUAAUUAAAAUAAGCUUUUCAAAAAUGUAUUAUAUUUAUAACAAAUAUACUGUAAAUAGAAUAAAGACAUGGUAUUCACUGUA